AUGCUAACAUGCAUUGCUCGUUCCAAGCAACCUGAUGAGACUGAUGAAUCAAAUCGAGUUAAUGGCGGCAGUACUCCUGCCAACAAACAAGCCAUCAAGACAUUGACAUCCCAGAUCAAGGAUAUGGCGCUUAAAGCGUCUGGCUCAGCCUACCGGAGUUGCAAUCCUUGUACAGGAGCGACGAUGAUGAUGACUCCACAACAGCAGUUACAAAAGAGCAACGAUGUAGAAUCGGACUUGUCGACGUCUGUGUCGGAGCGAUUCCGGUGGUCGUACCGGCGGAACGGGAGCAAAAAUUCGAGUUCCGGUAGGGUAUGGGGGAAGGAAAUGGAGGCGAGGUUGAAGGGGAUAUCGAUGGGGAGUGGCGGAGGAGGAGACGUGUCGGUGGGGACGUUGUCCGCUUCAGCAAGUGGUCGGAGACCCGACCCGAUCGUGUUGGAGGAGGAAAAUGAACCGAAAGAGUGGGUUGCUCAGGUGGAACCUGGCGUGCUCAUCACUUUUGUCUCCCUGCCACGUGGCGGUAACGAUCUUAAGCGAAUCAGGUUCAGCCGAGAGAUGUUUAAUAAAUGGCAAGCUCAAAAAUGGUGGCAAGAGAAUUACGACAAAGUAAUGGAGCUUUACAACGUCCAGAGGUUAAACCGGCAAGCGUUUCCGCUUCCAACGCCUCCAAGAUCCGAAGACGAGAGUAGUUUGAAAUUCGAAUCUAUUGGAGACAGUCCAAUAACACCACCUUUGAGUAAAGAAAGGCUACCUCGUACCUUAUACCGCCCGAUGGGAAUGGGAUACUCGUCAUCUGAUUCACUUGAUCACCCGAGCUCGGUGAUGGUUCGAUCCAACCGGGACUCCUCUGGUCUCACUGCUACUCCAAAACUAUCAAGUAUUAGUGGGGCUAAAACGGAAACAUCAUCCGUGGACGCCUCUAUAAGAACGAGCUCGUCAAGAGAAGCCGAUCGCUCAGGAGAGCUAUCCAUCAGCAAUGUCAGUGAUGUCGAGAACGAAUGGGUGGAACAGGACGAGCCAGGAGUCUACAUCACCAUCAAAGCUCUUCCAGGCGGCUUACGGGAACUCAGACGUGUCAGAUUCAGUCGAGAAAAAUUCGGGGAGGUGCACGCAAGAUUGUGGUGGGAAGAGAAUAGAGCAAGGAUCCAUAAACAAUAUUUGUGAUCAACAAAACCCUUACUGCUGUUGUUGUUGUUGCUUAUAAGAAUAUGUGGAACUUCAUUAAGUUGCUUUUCAAAAGAACGAUAUUUUAUAUAUAUAGAUGAUGUAACUCGAUUUCAACCAUGAGUUGAAAGAGUUUUCCUUUUUUGACAACAAAUCUUAAAUUAGAGAUUGUGUUAUUAC